AUGGCUUUAUCAAAGGCGCAUGAAUACGGUAGUAUCAAAUUCGGUGUGUUGGCGUUCCGCACAUGGUCGCAUAGCGAUCAAAGAUCGGAGCAAAACCAUCGAAGAUCUCAGCGGAUGGCCGAUCUUAAAACCGAUUUGAUGAAUGGACGAGUGAUGAUGUCAGCGGCGGUGUGCGUAUGUCUGAUUUCAUCCCAACAACAAUAUCUCGCGACGUGUCAACGAAAUAUCGCGCGCUUCGUCGUCGUUUGACGGCUUCACCUGUUGUAUAUGCGAAUUCUUUGCCAAAUGCCGCCACACCUUCAACAGUCGCAUCAUCAUCAGUCGUCGCCACAAUCUUGCGGCAAAUCGAUCUAUGCGAACGAGAAGGUGCGCGGCGCGAUACGCGAUCACGAGCCGACGAUCGCGGCGGCGAGCAUCGCACCGCGGCACAAGGCCAAAGUGGUGGUGCUCGGCGAUUCGGGCGUCGGCAAAACGUCGAUCAUCUAUCGUCACAAGUUUGGCUCGCGAUUCGCGCCCGUCAACGCCACCAUCGGCGCUUCAUUCGUCUCGAAUGAUGUUGAAUCUAGCAAGAAGGAGAUGGUUCGCCUUCAAGUUUGGGACACUGCCGGCCAAGAGCGCUACCGGUGCAUGGUGCCGAUGUACAUGCGGAAUGCGGACGCCGCGUUGAUUAUUUACGACGUGACAUGCCGAGAGACAUUCGAGAAUGUCGAUCGAUGGAUUCGGGACCUUGAGCGAUCAUGCGGCACUGAUGACACAUCGAUUUAUUUGAUUGGAAACAAGACAGAUCUUACCGAAAAGCGAGAAGUUUCCACUGCUGAAGGUCGAGCGAAAGCGGCAAAAAUCAAUGCGAAAUUCUCGGAGGUCUCCAGUGACCAUCCAAAUUUAUUUUCAAUUCUACUCGGAGAAAUUGCCGAUGAUGUUUUGAAGAAUCGUGAGAAGAAAUUCAAAAACAUUAUCACCGAUAAAAAGAAGAUAAUGCUCAGCGAUUCGGACUCCGUCGAUAGUAUAGAGAGCUCCGAGCUGAAGGUCAUCAAAUCGAAAUGUUGUUCCCUUCUGUAA